GUCUAAACAGCGUUUGAGCUGUACCCCAUUAUCAGAUAAACAACUAGCUCGGUUCAUCGUGCACUUCAACACUGAAGGCAAAACAAUUUCAUUUGAGGUCAGUACCGGCUUAUUCCAACCUACCGAACGAUGAUGACGCAAAGAAGUCAAGAUGUGUCGUUGUUUUCAAGGCGUAAUGAAAAGUUCCUGUUCACAGCAACGGUUGGUUUGAUAAUUUUCUGUUUCACAGGGACUAUUACCGCUCUGGUUCUCAUCUUUGUUUUACUCUGCCCUAAAUGCAGUUCGCCAGACUCCUUAGCAGCAUCCAUUUACUGGGGUGCCGCUAUUUUUUUGCUUUGUAUUGGAGUGGGAACACUGGUGAUGUUAGUUUAUUUAAGAAAGACAGGAACCGUUUCUAAUCGUCAAGCUGUAAUAUGUCGGGUUCCAACUGCAGACUUAGAAAAAUCUCCGACUCCAGUCUUGAAUAAUAAUCAUAUUCCGCAACGUCAGCCGUGUGAUAGUCCUUCUUCUUCAAUAGAUUUGCCGGAUUAUUUCACCGCUAUUCAAGUUUACUGCGGGGUCAAUUCAACCGUAAACGUGGACGAUGCGUUACUGGAAGAAGUCCCUAGGACACCACCACCUUGUUACGAAAUGGCGCUCGAACUAGCGGCCUUGCCCCGAGGCCAACCACCUGCAAGUAUCGUACAAGACGUUUAACCAGCUUGGAGAUAUUCAUUGUUCAUGGGCCGACGAAUUAUUUCUGAACAUCUAACACUAGUAAUCAAGAAGAAGCCUAGAAACGCGACUGAAAGACAACAUGUACAGAUUACACAUGAGAUGAGUUUCGAAAAAAAAUACGGGAUUGCGUUGAUAUGGUUUUGCCUUACUUACGCCCUGCGCGAACCUAUGGAUUAUCACCCGUUUAUCAUCCAGCAAAGAGGACGCGGAAAAAUAAAAGAUCUAAUCAGCAGAAAAAUAGCUCAGCACGUGCGUUUUAAAACUUUGUACAUUUCUCAGCUGUCAAAACAACAAUGUGAAAUCACCACAAUUUGCGUCGUCUGCGAACCGAAACCGCGAUGGCAAAUUAUUUUAAUUUCCAUUUUGAACUCAACGCUUCUUUUUAUACAUUAUGAAAUUGAAAUUCUAA